AUGGCGGAAGCGGGAAAAGUGCAGGCCGGCUUCGGGCUUCCGGGAUUAGGAGCGGCACAGUGGCCUCUGCAGCGGUAUGGCCGCUUCAUGCCCUCGGGGACAGGAGAGCCGCCUGUGCCUGACCUGGAAGCUGGGACAGCCUCUUCUCCUACAUGGAAGGAAGGGUUCUCACUCAUUGAUAGCAAGAACUGGUUGAAGAUUGUAAGACGCGUGGAUUGUCUGUUGUUUGGAACAACAAUAAAGGGUAAAAGCCGCAUGUUCCGGGUACAGUUCAGUGGAGAGUCCAAGGAGCAGGCGCUGGAACGCUGCUGCAGUUGUGUGCAAAGCCUGGCCCAGUACAUAACCGUCCAGGUGCCGGAUGGAAUCAUCCAGGAGCUUCAGCCACGUCCUGGCCCACUCAGGGCAGGUGAAAGCCAAGGGCAGGACUGUGUGAAGAGUGUCCCGUUGCAGCAUGGAUUACACCAGAGCCCAGAGCAGCUGCAGCAUAGAACACCUGGCACGAGCGCUCCAGAGGGAAGGGCCUCAGUGACACUGUUAGCUCAGUCUGUCCUGACGUCAGAGAAGCUGUCCCUUGUCUACGAGCAGUCUGCAUGGGGUGCUGACGAGAUAGGCCCCUUUCUACGCCUGUGCCUUAUGGAUCAGAAUUUCCCAGCAUUUGUGGAAGAGGUGGAAAAGGAACUAAAAAAGCUGACAGGGUUGAGAAAUUAACACUCUAUGUAUAUAUAUAACUAAGGAACUUGAAAAUAUUGGAAAAAGCAUCUUCCUAAAAUUAGAGAAGAUACCGGAAUAAAGGGUAUUAUUCCAAACACCUUUUAUCAAUGUUUUAUUUUUAAAAACAGGUAAAUCCACUUUUUUAUACAUCAUUGCACUUCAACAAUUACACAGAACACAAGUACAUGCAUCUAUAGUUACGUACUGCAUGAGAACCCUGUUAGGUUAGAAAAUCUACAAUCAACCAUCAAAUCAAUGUGAAAAAAAAUACAGUGUCAAAGUGUCAAACCAAAAAGCAUGACUAGCUGCAUAGACUAUCACCAUGCUAUUAACACCUCAAGGUCAUUGAAAACAAAAGGUAAAUUAUAAAAGUCUGCCUUAAUUGAAUGUACAAGAAUAUGGUUCAACACAUCAGUGCAAAAGGGUUUAAGAAUUUACAUGAUUUAACAGAAGAAAAAAUUAUCACUUAGAAAGCAAUCAUACAUAUAUACUGCAGUUCAUUAUAUCCAUUCAGUGGACUGUACCAGCUUCUUAUUAAAGUCAUAGGUUAAGCCCUUAAAAUUACAGAUUUCAGUUUAUAUUAUUCAUCUUUACAUACCGGGACUGCACAGUUUCCUCAUCUGACAACGUACAAUAUGAGGAGUGACUAUGAGCAGCUUAAAAAUGAAACAAGCAUUUACUUUAUUUUUGGAUUUCUCCCACCCCCAAAAAUAUAAAUAUAUAUAUAUAUAUUUAUAUACUGUAUAUAUCUGUAGGUUUUGCUGUACUUUACAAAAAUGUAUCACUAGAUGGCAGCAGUGCAUUUUAGAGCUUUGCCAAUUUAACAGCUGCAUUAAGUAAAAAAUGGCGCAUGCAUGAUCUGAUCCUCAGAGGAGCUUUUCACUUCUGUUUAAAUAUUCUAACAAAGGGAAAGAAGCAACAUUCACAGCACAUCAAGCCCCAAAGAGUUCACACCUUCUACACUGAAGCACUGUUUACAAUGUGGCUGGCUAGGUCAUCCUUGCAGGAGAGGCGAAGUAAGGCAUGCUUUAGACAGUCAUGUGGUGCUGCUCGCUUGGAAGGGGGAGAAGAGGAGAGUCAGAGAACGGAAGAGGUCCAGGCAGGACGUUUAGCAGGUCACGGUGCCGCCAGUUCCAGGAGCCUAAAGAUCUGUACAGAAAGAGGAAUUUGGAAAUUAAAAAGGAAUAUGCACUGUCACUGCGGACUGCGUCAGGUGACACGUAAAACAAAGCCUGGCUUCAGACAACACGCUCAGGGAUGUGGUGUGAAAUUCUGAUCUCCGUGUGCCUCACACGACAGCAGGUGGCCCAGCUGCAGCCUGGGCACCACUACUGACUCGCCCUUCAAAGCAGAGUGAGACUGACUGGCCCCUGGCAGUAGGCCACCAAAGAAGAUGACGGUUUAAUUUUUACUUCUCUUUAAAGAGAGAAGUGAAUAGUGAUGCGAUGUAUUUCUUUUGAAACAUCAUACAUAAUCUGAAACAACAUUCAUGUAAAUAUGUGAAGCAAGGCAGCUGAAAGACGUUCCUCUCCAGCCACAAAAGUGGGCCAACAGAACUUGUUCCAGCAGCCUCAGCUGCUCUGAAAUUAACUGAAGAUCUUACCAACAUUAACACCAACUAUUAAAGAAUUUGUAACAAGGUCAACAUUCAUUUGAAUAUAAUUUUUAAAACCUCCAAAGAAGGCCAUACUUACAUUCGAAGCAGUACUUAAUUUGUGUUUCUCUGGCGCAAGUUUUUAUCUUUGUGAUUGUUGGUGGAGUUGGUUUUCCUUCGGAGGAAAAAUUGCAUUACAAGAGUUAACAUCAAAGUCAGCAGCAACUUUUUAAAGUACAACACAUGGAAAUACAGGGAGUCUUUCACUUACUGCCAUCCUUGGUGUAGGAAGAUCCCUUAACCACACGAUAUUACUGCCUACAAGUAUCCCUUAUGGAACAUACCUUCAGUUAACAGAUCCUUUUGACUCCCAAGGCAGAUGACAUACAGGUAACUUUCCCUUUGUUUUAUCAACUAUAAUCCAAUCACUAUAAAGCUGAGAAUAAUUUUUUCUCUGCUGCAUACCACUGUCCCUUUUCCACUGAUAAAAGGUACACAUGGGCAGUGCUGUGCUCUCUGGUACUUCACUGAUUCGGGCACUGUGUGCCUGCCUCUAACUCCUUAGCCCCCGAUUCUGCCAAUCUUGGGGACUUCCGAUUCCACAUUUGCAGCUCCAUCUCUCUUGGAUACCAGCAAUUACUAAUGGAGCUAGACAGGGCAUGUGGUAGUCCAGCUUAAAGUUAACUUGAACAAAACCUGAAGUCUUAGAUACUAGUCACCUUCCCCACGUUAUCAAUUUAAGCAUGUAAGAUGUACAGAGCGUUAAACACCUUUCUUUGCAUGGUAUUCUACUUUGUAAUGCUACUAACAACCAAACUGUACUGCCCGUCCUGGGAAUCAUAUCAUCAUCCAUCAGGGCAAUGUCACUUUGAAGUCUACACUGCAUCACCAUCCAUCAGGGCAAUGUCACUUUAAAGUCUACACUGCAAAACCGUUCCAUUCACUACCUUCCUCUGCAAUCUUAGUGACUCUGUCUGAUGAAAUGGUGAUACAAAAUAAUUCAAUCAGAAACUGGUGGACCAACGUCCAGUAAAUUACUUACAUGGGCCCAGCUGGUUCAUCGUCUACACAGGUGUUCAGAUUUUUAACAGCCCAUUGAAAGAAGAAGAAGAGAGAAAAUCGUUAGACUCUGCACAAGGGUUAACAGAACAACAAACUGCAAGUGGCAGACACGGCUACUCAUAGCGUUUACUCAAGGCCAUUCCGUCUGGAGGUGCAAAACACUCAUGGAGUUAUUUCUGGAUUCAGGUUUUUAAUGGCAAGUAUGUUGUUUCAAUGGUUUUAGUUAACACUUUGAAUGCUUGUCAUGAAAAACUGCAACUGUAGCGGACAGAUAGGCUGCAAUACCAUUAUACUCAUCUUGUCCCCAAGUUCCAGUGGUUCACUCAUAAAUAGAUGAGAAGACAAACAACAUUUCAGUUGUAAAAUCCUGCUGUUUGUUUUCUUGUGGGGAACACGUCCACAGUUCUGGCUCAGCCCUAAACGCGGACGGCUGUGGGCGUUCUGUACGUUUAGCCACACAUCCUCGUUUCCCCCAAAGGCCGCUCUGUUUUUCUUGCCGUUUUGCAAUCUUUAGGAGUUUCUGAUCUGGAGAAUGAGAUUGAGGAAGAGGAAGCCACAACAGCUGAACCUAACACUGGACCAGCCAUGCUGGGCUGUGCUAGCAACCAGCGUAUGCGUACCAGAGGACAUUCUGUGACACACCAGGGAGCUAGAAAGUGGUGACAGCCCUCAGACAGAAAAACAGGCUCACUUUUAUGCCCUGGCCAAAACCAGAACCCAAACCCAGAUGGGCCAUGGGAAAGGUUUAUUCAUUUAUUUUUUAAUCAAAAAAGCUUAUACUAUUUGAGUUUAGAAAUAAGUUUAGAAGCUGUCUUAAAUUGUUAAAGAUCCUGAUUUAUAACUUUUUCUUUCCUGUUUCAACUAAGGGCAACUUGUUCCCCUUUAGGCAGAGAGACACAUACAUGGAGAGAAUAUUGGGGAGGGGUGGAGGGGAAAGAUCCCCAAAGGGGAGGGAGCAAGUAAGUGCUCUUAGUUUCUUUUUAAUCCACAAAGGUCAGGCGGACUGAAUGACCCAGAACAGUCUGAUUUCAUGAAGGGCGCAUAGAAAACCUCUCAGCAGGAUUCCACAAGGGGGCUUGGUGCACAUGAAGCAGUUAUGGAGCUCACAGUCUCAGUGUAGGCAUCUGCAGGAGCACUCGUCAGGAGUAAUGUCUGUCAGAGGGAGACAUUGCUCCACCUGUUCCUUCGAGGCAACGGAGAGGCAAAGCCACCGCCAGCACACACAGUGACUGGAGCAAAAAAAAUAUUUCAAAAAAAAAAAAAAGAACUAAUCACAAACCAAUGACUCAUCAGCCAAAACAAGAGGCUAGCGACACACCAGUGUCCACAGGAGUCCAUUACUAACAACAAUAACUAUCGAAACAGGUACAGAGAACAAAGACUUCAGGACACCCAAGACAUCUGUGUACUGGGUAUGCAGUGGAGAUAUACAGAGACAAGCCAGGUCCUAAGACAUACAAGCCCAGCCUCAAUCCUGCCCUCACCGCAACUUCGUAACGCCUGAGCCAGCUCAGCUCCAUGCUAGCAACUAAGCACUGGGGAACUUAAGGAAAAGACACAGGGCAAACUGUUUUUAAUGCUCCGGCUGUGCACCUGGAAAUAUAAAAGUCUAAUGCGAGAUAGCAGAUUGAGGAUCUCACCAACCUACUCCCAACUUUAAAAGAAGCAGCAGGGGAAGUAUAAGGGGUAGAAGGAGUCGCGAUAGCCAGGCUGAUCUCUUCAAAGUGUAACACUGUAGGCACCAACCCAAGCACUUUACAGCGUAAGCUUUUCUUUCUUUUGGUAGGGGGGAUAUUCCCUGGUGUCUGGUAAGUAACAUUAUUUUCCAGCCCAACAAGUUGGUAACGUGCAAAGGGCUGCAUGGAGGUGUUUUAGCAACAGUGGCUCCAGUGUAGCUGCCAUGCCCGCGAGUGGGAGCAGCUAUGAGUCACACUAGCGUCUCUAUCUGAUGGGCCCUUCCUCUCUCUCCCCAAAUCCAUUUCACAACAAGGCAAAGAGCCCGGUGUCGCCCUGAUCUCCCGACUGCAUCGUUCUCUACAACACCACUCUCCUUUACAGCUCAGACAAAAAAUGACUGACCCCCAACGGGGAAAUCAGGGCAGAGGGAAACAACAGAACUACAGGAAAAAAAAAAAAAAAAUACAAAA